UAAAUUUUAAUUUAAUUAUUAAUCUUAUCAUGUACUUGACGGUAAUUAUGUAAGAAAGACAAUUCACAUUUAAAAUUUAAAUUAGAUAUAUAAAGAGAUUGUGUGGGUUCAAAUAAAAUAUUCCUAAUAUAAAUACACUGUUCUUGAAGAAUUAGGUGUUAUCGUUAAAAAAGUAGUAUCAAUUUUUAGCUAUCAAUUAAUUAUUAAGAAAACUAAUUAAAAUGAUUUCAUUUGGGCCUACUGACCGUUAGAAACGAUCUUCACGGCCACCGCUUUCUCUCUCUGUGCCGUAUCCAAACCAUCACAGAGAGAAACCGCCGUGCAGAGGCUGCAGCGAGUGCGACCGAGACGGAAAUCACCGUCCUUACCUCGCCUUCGCGCCGCCAUGGACUCCCGCCACGCAACUCUCGGCCGACGAACGGUACAGUUGGAAGAAAUUCGGUAAAAGCGAGCUGUAGAAAAGUUGAGCAAAACUUCGUCCGGACCCGAUCUCAGCAAAGCCUCCAUCCCUAUCGAUGAUGUAGGAAUGCGAAAAUCGGAGAGCGCGAAUUGGCUCUCUGAGAGCGACGUCAGUGUUUUGGUUGCUCAGAUAAAGGACUUGGAGAAGAAGAAUGCGGAAUUGAAGGAGCAAAACAAAAACUUGGCUUCCAUGCUUGAAACAAAGUAAGCGGGGGGCGAUGUGCUGCAGAAACGCCUGAAUGAUCUGGAGAAAUGCAAUGGAGAAAGAUGCCGCAGUUGUUGCACGGGAGGAUCUUUCAGCUCAGCUUCGUAUGCUCAAGAAACGGUUAAAGGAUGCAGAGGAAGAACAGUAUCAAGCUGAGGAAGACGCAGUCGCUUUGAGAGCAGAACUGAAUAUGUUACAGCAACAAGCAAUGAGUGGUUCACUUGGUGCAAUGAACUCAAUUUCUAAUUCACCAGAUCAGAUACAAAUGCUAGAAAAGGAGUUAGCUAGCUUAAAAUCUGCGUUACAGCAAGAGUCACACUUGAGGCAACAAGAGCCACAACAACUAGCAGAGGAGCAAGCCGGGGCAUCCAUGCUUACAUCUGAAAAGCAAGAACUGGAAGAAAAACUUGCAGCUAUGUCUAGAAAGGCUUCAGGUACCAAAUCUACCAAAUAUACAUUUCAACAACAUAAGGAAUUUCAGAGAAACUCUUUUCAGAAUUCAAGUUACAAAAGGGUGAGGACUUUAGGAAGCCUUUUAUAAAUCUUGGGGUGCACGUAGGUACAAAAGGAAUAAUCGUACCUAAAACAUUGCUGGUCAAGAAAAGUAAACGAAUUGGCAGUUGUUGGCUUGACUUUUUCCUCUCACGGGACAGGGAUUCCAAAACAGCUUCCAUCAUAGAUUUUCUUCUCAUUUUCAUAUUCAUCGCAAUAUGCAUACUUCCUCUAUAACCAUGUUUAGAUCUAUAAACUGUAUCCCUUGGUGGUUCACGGGCUCAGGGUACUUGGAGUUGCAAUUGGAACCCCUUUUGCAAUUUCAGUUUCAAGUAGAUAUGUUUAUUCUGAUGCCUUCAACCGUGUUACUAUUCCCCAGUUCCCUUCUAUGCUUCUGUUCAUACUUUUGUUGUAUUGGCCUUUCAUGUUUUUAUUCCUGCAUAUGCAUUUUACAAAACUCCGCCUA